AAAAUAGUGGAGUAGGGUGGUAUUAUUAUAACCUUUUUUGUUAGUGUAGUGUUAUGGCAUGUGUUUAUUUAUUUGUCAAGCAAAGUAUAUAGUAGGUGGUGGUAAUGCAAUAUAUUGGAUGCCAGCCGCCGUGAAACCUCCUCAAAGAAGAAGUAAUGAGAUGGACGUCAGCAGUCACAAGACCACAACAGAGUAGAUAACUCUGGCUCGCUCCCCCAGUCGCAGAUGUGUAUAAUGUGGGCUGUUCUACAGGCACGAUGGCUAUGACAAACUUGGAACGUCUGUUGGGAUCUGGAUGUGUGAUCUCCGUUGAAUUACGGCACAGGCGUCACUAAAUUUGCAAGAACUCUUCAGACUAAAGAAUACACGUCUCGUCUGGGGGCGUUAUCACAUCAGCUUGCGCGCGGCUUUGUCUGUGUGUGGCUAAUGUUAUUGUCAGGUUAUCUAGCUGACUAGUCCAAGCAUCACAGUAGAACGCUAGCAAGACAAUAUUGUGUGGUUACAUCGGCGCUAAACUAGCUAGCUUGGCGCUUUAGUAGGAGCUGGUGUGUAUGUGAUGUUCUCCGUACUUUCGUACGGUAGACUUGUUGCCAGAGCUGUUAUUGGCGGACUCUCUCAAACGGAUAGCGGUGACUACAGCCUGGUAACGGCAAGAUGCGGGUUUGGGAAGGAUUUUCGAAAAGGUAUCUUGAAGAAAGGGAUGUGCUAUGGCGACGACGCUUGCUUUAUUGCCCGACAUAGAUCUGCCGAUGUUUUGGGCGUUGCAGAUGGGGUGGGGGGUUGGAGAGACUACGGGGUGGACCCAUCCCAGUUUUCAGGGACCCUGAUGAAGACGUGUGAGCGGCUGGUAAAGGAGGGACGCUUUGUUCCAGGCAACCCUGUGGGCGUCCUCACAAGCAGCUACUACGAGCUCCUACAGAACAAAGUGCCUCUGCUAGGCAGCAGCACGGCCUGUAUCGUGGUGCUGGACCGGCAGAGUCACAGGCUGCACACAGCCAACCUGGGAGACUCUGGCUUCCUGGUGGUGCGGGGAGGAGAGGUAGUGCACCGCUCUGAUGAACAGCAGCAUUACUUCAACACCCCCUUCCAGCUCUCUAUCGCCCCGCCUGAGGCAGAGGGGGCUGUCCUCAAUGACAGUCCUGAUGCUGCAGACAGCUCCUCCUUUGACGUCCAGUUGGGGGACAUCAUUCUCACAGCCACAGAUGGCCUCUUCGACAACAUGCCCGAACACAUGAUCCUACAGGAGUUGAGAAAACUCAAGAACACUAACUAUGAGAGUAUCCAGCAGACAGCCAGGAGCAUUGCAGAGCAGGCCCAUGUUCUGGCAUACAACCCCAACUACAUGUCACCUUUUGCACAGUUUGCCUGUGACAAUGGACUGAAUGUAAGAGGAGGAAAGCCAGAUGACAUCACUGUGUUGCUGUCAAUAGUGGCAGAGUACACAAACUAGAGACUGUAUGGAGGCUAGUAGGGAAAUUAGGAGUUUCCUCUUGUCUGCCUCUUAAAGAUGUCAGACUGCUUUGGUUCCUGCUGGCGGGGAUUAAGGACUGAUGUUGGUGGCUGAGCUGCCCUCCUGAGACCAUAAUUCCUCCAGGAUUCAAUCAGGCCCAUCUCUCAGAUGGAACACUGACAAUACAUGCACUGACUUCACCAUCAGAACUGAGUGUUAAUCUUUAAUAGACUGAAGACAUGGAUGAAUAAAGCAGAGGGUUGUCUGACAUCUGCUAGGCUACCUGCUGCAAAGUAUCGAUCUUGGAAAGUCUCUAGUUGUCUUUGACCUAAUCCCUGUUCAAUGGGAUAAAGGAUGUAGUCGUGUUGAAGCUCUGGCUCUCACAUGAGGAACAAGUCUGUUAUUUGGGCUGUAAAACAAAGCCCAGAAGGUAGAGAUUAAGAAUCUGGGUCAGUAGUAGCCAGUCAAAAGUUGAUUGGGUCAGAAAUGAAAAUCUAUGGAUCGUACAUGUGAGUGUUCCAUCAUGAGCUGAUUUGAAGACCGUAAGUAACAUCGGAAUACGAUACUGAAAGAGAGCGGCUCUCCAGUUAGACUGGUCCAUGACUCGCUGACCCCUGUCCCGGUCAGAGGAAUAAGGCAACCUCAGAGUUAUCUACAAUAGAGAACUUUAGUUCAAGAGGACAUAUGAGAUGGAUGUGGUUAUGUACAGAGAUGAGAGAUUAAUGAAUAUACUGUACAUAAUAAACAUUGCAUGAGAAUAAAAGGAGUAAUAGCACAAGCAAUAAUAAUAUUGACUGUAUAAGAUGAUGACAUAAGCAAAGGACUUGUAUAACACAGAAUCCAUUAUAACAACAAGCAAUAGUAACAAACAGUAAAUCUUCAAGGUUCAAUAUCAUCACUCACCACUGUCCACACACUCAUCACUCUUGUCCACUUGGAGAAAGACUGAGGAGGCAGGACUGUCAGGUGUCCUGCCCUCUAGCAACAUAUUGGUGAUCUAGUAGCAGGGGAUCCCUUAGUCUCUCUGGUACCAGCAGGGAUUGGUAGAGUGAGCUGCAUAAAGUUAGAGAACUCACAGGCAGGAGAAUCCUUAAGAUCUACCAUCAAGUCUGAAUAAUAAGGCCUCGAAAAACAACUUUCAGUGACUCAGAUUAAACAAAUCAAAUUAAUAAUAAAUUAUAUUGAAGGGCAAGCUUUUUUAUGUAGGCAUAAGGGCAUGUGUCUAUGUGAUGUGAAUGAAUGUUGUUGAAAUGUUUUGGUCGAUUUUUGGACAAGUGACAUUUUAAGUUUGACUGAUCUAAUGGAUUGUAUGAAGACCAGGUGCCGUUGCUGCAUAUCAGUUUCUGAUUGUUCACUGGAAGCGCUACUUUGUCCCAGGCCUGCUGUUUUCAACUCUUUUUCUCUCACUCUCAACGCUCUGCUAUGAAAAGCCAACUGAUAUUUACUCACAAGGUGUUAUACUGUUGCACCCUCUAUAACCACUUUGGUUAUGACUCUGCUGGUCAUCUAUGACCGUUUAAACGUCUUUAAGAACGAUAUGGCCUUAAUGGCCAUGUACUGUUAUAAUCGCCACCCGGCAGAGCCUGGUUCCUCUAGGUGAUUCCAGCCUUUCUAGAGUUUUUCCUAGCCACUGUGCUUCUACAUCUGCAUUACUUGCUCUUUGGGGUUUUAGGCUGGGAAUCUGUCUAGCACUUUGACGACUGCUCUUGCAAAAUGGGCUUUAUAAAAUACAUUUGAGUGCAAUUUAGGUUGUACAUGGACCAAGUUAAUUGUUUCUAAGAAUGGGACAUUUUGACUUGAUGUUUCUGUUAAACCUAUCAAUUUUUAUUUGUCACAUACACAUGGUUAGCAUGCGAGUGUAGCAAAAUGCUUGCGCAGUUUCCUAGGAACGCGAAGUGAGGUGGCCAUCUCUGUCGGCGCCGGAAGUACUCACUCCUGCUGUGAUGCAAAGGGUGUGACUGCAAGUGAUGUGGAAGGUUAUUGUGUGAUAUAGUAACCUCUAGCCUGUCUGAUUUUAUAUUGUAUACAUGUUGAAUGUUUAUUUUAUCUAGGCUACACAGCUUUCUUCAGUAUCCACUGGGAUGCAAUGGUAAUGACCAUUUACGCACAAGGUUAAAGAAAGCAUAUCUGAAAGCUCACAGUGGAUGUUGGUCAGGUGACCAUGUUUUUUUUAACUUGUUUGGUGGGAAUCUGGACUGCGCACAGCUUCAAUUUAGCUUUAGGCAUAAUUGUUCACAAUCAGCAUUUCCUUGUCUCAUCAGUUGCCCCUGCUGUAAAGCUCCAAUAGGACAUUUCAUUAAGUGAUAAUAAUCAGGUCACUUAUUUCAUCUUUAAUUGCAGAUUUUCAUUGUGCAUUUACAACAUGUGUGCAGCAACAUUUUAAGAGUAACAUGUGUUAUGCACAUGUUGAUUUAAACUAAUGAACACAGAGCAGAAACUGACAAGUAGCCAUAUUUCACACUUUUCCCACCAUGCCCUGCUGUCUUAAUUUACGCCAUCUGAUCGGAGACCUCUCAUUCCCUUUCAAUGUGUUCAAUGCUUUUCACCAUGGGACAUAUGUGAAUGAACAAGCUAUUAUUAUUAUUUUUAAGGCUUGAAAAAGUAUGACAUGAUCUUAGAAUCCUUCAUAUUCUGUGUAUCAUCUGAGGUACCCUUGGUGGUGUUCUUGUUGAUGUAAUGGUGCACCCUCACUGAAGGCUACUGUCCUGCUUCAAGGGCUCUCCCCUAACUAGGAAAAAAAUGAUUGGCUAUCAGGUGUUUCAUCAUUAACAAUACCCUGCAUGCCUUUCAUAUUGCGCAGGGAGAUGAAAGGCAUCUGCACUGGAUGACAAAUGUUUUUGUAAGCAUUAUGGCACUAGAGGUUGACAACCUCACCAACCUUAAAGUACAAGCAAUUCUCCCUGUCAGAUGGCACUAUAUCAAAGCUAGCUUCCCCAUGAUGUCCAUGUCUGGCUCUCCACUGGCCUAGUGACCUGACCAGACAGUUUUGUUCUGUUGGCCAAUUCUAGACUUCAGUUCAAAAAGCAAAGUUUGUUAUAAUGAGAGCUGCUUGUAUCUUUAUUUUGAUUGUACAGUUCAAUGCAGAGGCAGGUUCUAUUAAACAUGUUUUCAAAGCUGUCAAAUUUAAAUAAAGUAUAGUAUUUAUUA